CAUUUCUUAACCCAACUACUCAAAUUUCCAAAUACACUAUCGUCAUCACCCAAAAUGUCACAGGCUGCCAACAUCACUGUUGAGUUGUAAAUCACUCUGGGGGUGUUGCACAACACACUCCCAGCCUAACAGCUCCAGCGAUUGACAAGAACAGACGACAAAAACGACGAUACCUUUGAUCCUCUAUUUCUUACCGAUUAGAGAGAAGGGUGUUCCUCGAAACUUAUAGGAUAAGCACCAUCCAUUGAGGGAGAACGUCCUGUAACAUUUGGGACAUCACACAUACGACGGAAGCUUCAAAUUAUUUUUUCUCGCCCGGAAAUUGGGGCUGUUGGCGGAAACCAGGCGGGCAAAAAAUACCGAAGAAAAAAAAUUUCACAUCCACUCCCACCUCAACCCUGUCCACCGUAAACCGGCGGCAACCAUAACCAACAACACAAAAAUCUCAUUCGUACGAUAUACACCCCCACACACAACGAUUGUAUCGAAUAUAUUUAUCACCAACCAAUUCCUCGAUUCUCUUUUAUACACGGUAGGAUGUCUCGAAAAACAGUACCAAACACUGUGGCCGGCCUCACUUCGCUGCCUUCGAGGACCAACAAUUCUUCACUCCCAGCCGGGGAGUCGUUGGCUCUGAACAACCCAUACAUUCUCCACGAACAUAUCCCUAAUCAGACAUCACACACAAAACGUCAUCGCCGAGAAUCAUCUAGAUUGGGUCCGGGAUCAGCGGGUGGUAGCUGGAAGGAUGGAAGGAGUGGGAAAAGUGGGCAUGGAGGGGGUGACCAGGAGGAGACUGAUUCUUCAUCUGAUAGUUCGGGUAGCCAAGACGAUGAAGAGACGGACGAUGACGAAGAUGCGGAUGAUGCGGACGAGCCGGCUGUCAAUCGCCCCGUCCGGGUGACUGGUGAAGAUACCACCGGCAUGAAGCUAUUUCCGGGUGAUCAAUCUACCGUCGGAAACGGUAGACAGGAUAGCACAGCUGCCAAUGGAGAUCACCGGGCGGGGCAAGGCUCGAGAAAGCGGUCGCUCGUUGCAGAUAUUGGCGAAUUGACAGAAAAUGGCCCUGAGCAGAACCAUCCAAACAAAAAAGUCGCUUUCGACAUCACCAAAACCGAUGACAUACUGGAGCCUUCCGAUUCCUUAUUUGGUCCUAUCGGUGAUGACACCGGUGAUAUCGCCCCGUUCACCGACGGAGAUCUUAGUUUGAUCGAGGAUGAUGAAGGUGGGGUACUAAUUGAUACUGAGGAAGACGAAGAUAUUGAUGCCGGAGAUGAUGAAGAUAUCGAAGGCGAAGAGGAGGACGCUAUCGUCCGUGAGCUUGAGAAUGGUAUUCCGCCUCCAACACCCAUAAAAGCGAGCCCAUUACUACCGAGCGGUGCUGCCCCUGAAAUAAUCAAUGGACUUGAUCUCGGUAGUGGGGAUGAAUUCGAAGAUCUCAACGAUGAAAUGUUCAUAUCUCAAUGGCACUACCCCAGCUUCUUUCCCGACAUUCCCUGUGAUCCUACCAAUGAUUACUAUUUAUUCAAUGAUGGGGAUAUCUUCUCUGUAAACCCGACGCCGGAUUCUACUCCGGCCGUCACCCCCGAUAACACCCCCCGGGGCUCAUUGUCCGCCACUGCUCCAUCUAUUCCUGUUUCCCCAAGUGGAAGGGGUGAUUUCCCUGCAUCCAUGGCAGGUAGUGAUGAGGAAUCCUCGGACGAGGACGAAGUGCCCACCCUUAACCCCUUUUUUGAGAGAGAGGACCCUGCUGUCAAGCAUCUGGUGAGCACCCAAGGGCGUGGGGGAUGGGCCGAUGGCAUAAAUGACGAUGUGGAUAUUCCAUGGAAACAUUUCUUCUCAUCGGAUGGGAGCAGUGACGAAGGAGGCGAGGAUGAAACAGCGGGCAGUGAGAGCGAGGACGAGAGCGGCUCGGGAGAGACUACUGAUGAAGAAGAGGACCUCCCAAUGCCUACACCCCACGGCAAGUCCAUCCUCCGACGUGUUUCGAUGUCAUCCCAGGAACCUGAAAGUCCACAAGUUGUUCAUAUCGAUGGGGCUUCCCGCCCAAGGCUUGGCUCUUGGGUUGCCGAUCCAAAUCGCCCUAUCUGCGUUGUGGAGGGAUCGAAAAAGACCUUCCUCAUACCUAAAGGCAAGCAAGUAUCCGUCGACGAGACGAAUAGCAAUGGCAGUGCAUCCAACUUCAUGGUAAUGAUGGCGGAAGAAAGCGAAAGGGAAAACUCUCCCAGCUUUAUGGACUAUAGCCCGACACUCGGUGGGUUGGCUGGUGGUGAUGGACUUUUCUUGAAUGGGGCCAGCAUACUAGGGCCCCCAGAGGCUUUCUAUCCCUACUUCAACGAAGAAGGCGAGCUCGUUGCCGAAGGGCUAGGGGACGAGGAGCUUGAUGAAUUUGAAGCCAACCUUAAGAUCGCGGACUUUCUCGAACUUUCUUCCGAUGAGGACGGCAACGAACACACAGACAACGAUUCCAGCACCGGACACUUAAGGUCGGCUCCAAUAGAUGGCGUGUGCGAUGGGCCAGAUGCCGACGACGAAUGUACUCCCUCCGCUGAGCUUCCCGCACAGAUGCUCUCGAGGUGGGAUAAGGUCAGUGUGACGGCUUUUCGUAAGAGACAAAUCCAGCAUGCCCAGAAAAUGGCAGAUCUUCAUGGAAACCCUAACAGUAGCCUUACUACAGGCUACGGACAUCAAAAGAAGCUGGGGGAGACGAUUACGCAAACGAGGAAGAAGAAAGUGAAAUGGCGGCUUGCGGCUGGAAACAGGGGGUUUGGGGUUGGUUCAUCUACGAGGAAAAAGAUUUCUAACAGGAAGGCCGAGGAGCUCGGAAGAAAUUUCGGCUCGACGAAUCGGAUUCCUCCAAUCUUCGAGGGCAUGUAGAUGCGCUAUGAAGGCGCAGGAUCAUUGGGGGAGUAUGGAUGCAAGGAAGUGUUCGCUUUUCCUUGAAUGGAAGGUUCUGGAGGACGGAGCUCUAGAGAGACAAUUCCUAGAACGGGGCAUUCAUUGAAGAAACGUUUUCUCUUAACUGGCCGGUUUAGAUUUGCGAAAGUGCAUCGUUGGGCUGGCAUGCCCUGGGCUUGGACAAAGACGGUUAUUGAAACAAAACAGCGUUGAAGAAAAAAAAGAAGAAAGGGUUAGGAUAGCAUGCGAAACGAUUAUAACGAUUAGGCGAAAAAGUUUGGGUCUGUGUUUUCUAUUUUUCUUUCGCGACACUUGCGUUUUCUCAUGUACUGGUGGUAUUUUUUCCUCCAACAUUCUCGACUGCAACCCAUCUAUCUAUCAGGGUUUUUUUUUCUUUCGUUUUUUCUUUUGUUCUAUGGAAGCAUCUGCGCGGGGGUUUCAACGGAUUUCUUCGGGGAGGGGUUUUUUUUCCCUGUAAUUUACCGAUUUCUUUUGUCCGGAGCUUCAUAACGGGGACCUGAGUUUUCCGCCCUCGAUUUACAAUCCAUCCAUCGUCAUCCUACGUUGUCUGUUUCUUUCUCCGUCCCUCUAUUUUUCAUUUGGACGGUGGGGUUCUCCUAUUUUCCUAUUUUUAUUUCCUUGAUCAAGAAACAGUAUCUGUGUUUUGAUUUUUUUGGUUCCUCACGUUUUCCUAUUUCCUCCGGAUCAUUUGCUGUACAUGUAUCGGCCUUUCUUUUUACUUUGCGUACAUCAAUUUCUUCAUGUCAAAUACACUUUGUGGGUACAUAUGGGUUCUUUUUCCUGUAUUUCUUUCUUCCACUUUGGCUUUUGCUGACUAGGAGGUGAGGGUGAGGGUGAAGGUGGUGAUGGUAUAACUUAAGCUAUCAUAGUCAAUUGAAUGCGUGUUUGCCCCGGA